AUAUGACGUCACAAGGAGCCAGUCAGGAAACCACGUUUCUACUCUCGGUCUGCAUAGUUGCAUCUUUCCCAAAGUUGAGCAAGAAAAAGGUCUUGCUCAGUACUCGGUUUGCAUCUCUCACAUGGAGAAACUGCUGUCAUUCAGAGAUGUGGCCAUUGAUUUCUCUGCAGAGGAGCGUGAAUGUCUGGACUCUGCUCAGUGGAAUUUGUAUAAGGAAGUGAUGUUGGAGAAUUACAGCCACCUUGUGUUCCUGGGUCUUGCUUUCUCCAAGCCACACCUGAUCACAUUUCUGGAACGACGACCAGAGCCUUGGAAUGUGAAGACACAGGCAAGUGUAGGCACAUACCCAGGAUCAAAACCCUAUCAGUGUAAACAAUGUGGGAAGGCUUUUGGUUGGAAAUCACUGCUUGUUCAGCACCAGAGAAUUCACACAGGAGAGAAACCCUACAUAUGUAAAGAAUGUGGCAAAGCUUUUAACUAUUCCUCCACCCUUAAACAGCACCAAAGAAUUCAUACUGGAGAGAAACCUUACAAAUGUGAAGUGUGUGACAAAGCUUUUAAAUAUUCCUUCAGUUUUAAACAGCACCAAAGAAUUCAUACUGGAGAGAAACCUUACAAAUGUGAAGUGUGUGGCAAAGCUUUUAACUGUUCUUCAUAUCUGGGUAAGCAUCAAAGAAUCCAUACUGGAGAGAAACCCUACAGAUGUGAAGAAUGUGGCAGAGCUUUUACUAACUAUUCAGGACUUACUGUUCACCGAAAAGUUCAUACUGGAGUGAAACCAUACAAAUGUGAAGAAUGUGGUAAGGCCUUUAGUGCUCGCACAACGCUCUCUAAACAUCAUAGAAUUCAUACUGGAGAGAAGCCUUACAAAUGUGAUGAAUGUGGAAAGACUUUUAGUGUACACUCAACAUUUUCUAAACACCAGAGACUUCACACUGGAGAGAAACCUUACAAAUGUGAAGAAUGUGGCAUGGCCUUUAUUGGUCGCUGCAUUCUUUCUAAGCACCGGGGAACCCAUACUGGGGAAAAACCCUACAAAUGUAAAGAAUGUGGCAAAGCUUUUAACUGUUCUUCUAGCCUUCACCAACACCAACAAAUUCAUAGGGGAGAGAAACUCUUUAAGUGUGAUGACUGUGGGCAGGCCUUUAGCUGUUCAUCAUAUCUGUAUAAGCAUCGUCGAAUCCAUACUGGCAUGAAACCCUACAAAUGCAAGGAAUGUGGCAAAGCUUUUAACUGUUCCUCCAGCCGUAACCAACACCAACGAAUACAUAUUUGAGAGAAACUCUACAAAUGUGAUGAAUGUGGCCAGGCCUUUACUUUUGCUUCAUACCUGCAUAAGCAUCUGCGAAUCCAUAUUGGUGAGAAACUCUACAAAUGCAAGGAAUGUGGCAAGGCCUUUUACUGUUUUACCAAACUUAUUUACCACUGGAGAGUUCAUACUGGAGAAAAACCGUAUAAGUGUGAUAAGUGUGGGAAGGCCUUUAGCAUUUAUUCAUCCUUUAUGAAGCACCAGUGCAUUCAUAGGGGAGAAAAACUCUGUAAGUGCAACAAAUGUGAGAAAGCCUUUAAUAACUGUCAUACUCUACCUCGACACCAUAGAAUCCAUACAGGUGAGAAGCCCUACAAUUGCAAAGACUGUGGCAAAGCCUUCACUUGUACCACAGGCCUCACUCAACAUGAAAGAAUUCACGCUGGAGAGAAACCUUACAAAUGUGAAGAAUGUGGCAAGGCCACAUUAAUUCUUCUUCAAAUCUUAAACAUCAUUGCUGAUUCCAUAUCGGAGAGAAGUUAUACAAAUGUGAGCAAUGUGGCAAAGCCUUUAAAAAUUGUUCAGAUGUUAUUUGACACAACAGAAUCCAUAGUAGAGAAAAUCCAGAUUAGUACAGCCUCUGUUGCAAAUCCUUCCAUAAUGUUAUCCCAUAAUUCAGUACUAUAAUUCAAUACGAUAAGGAAGAGAACCCUCAGAAUCUCAAGGAAUUUACUAACAGUUCAACACUUCUUCAAUACUACCAGUUUCAUACUGGAGAGAUCUUGUAAAAGCCAAGAGAGGGUCUUAAGUAUUGAAUAAUUAUUUUAUACACAUAAUCAAAGUUUUACAUAUGGUAGAAACCCUAUCAUUUCAAAUAACACAGAAAAUCCUUUAUUCUUCAGAAUAUAAACAACAGAAAUAUUGUGAGACACCCCUUCAGUAAAGGUAAGGCCUUUAAGUGAAACUGGAUCUUCAUCAACUAUGAGUCAAUUCAUACAGAAACUGUACAUAUGUAACGAAUGACUCAGGAAGAACAUUUUCAAAUACAUAAGCCUGAAGAGAGAAAAUUUGUUCUAGUAGAAAUCAUUGUGUAAAUAGUGUCUUAAUCCUUAACCAAUCACUUACAUCUAAAGUAGUGGUUCUCAACCCUCCUAAUGAUGAACCCUUAAAACAGUUCCUCCUGUGGUGGUGACCCCUAACCAGAAAAUUAUUUUAAUUGUUUCUUUGUGACUGUAAACUUGCUAGUUAUGAAUCAGAAUAUCUGUGCUUUCUGAUGGUCUUAGGCAACCCCUGUGAGAGGGUUAUUUGACCCCCAAACAAGUCAAACCCACAAGUUAAAGACUGGAAUAUAAAAAUAUUAUUGGAGACAAACCCUAUGAAUUGUAUUUGCUGUGCUGGUUAGUUUGUGUUAACUUGAAACAAACUAAAGACACCUAGGAAGAAAGAACCUCAAUUGAAGAAUUGCCUACUGGUCUGUGAACAUGUCCUUGGGAUAUUUUCUUGAUUAAUGAUUGAUGAGGGGAGGCCUGUCCCACUGUUGGUCGUGCUACCCCUGAGAAGGUGGUCCUGGAUUGUAUAAGAAAGCAAGUUAAGGGACUAGAGAAAUGACUCUGAUUAACAUCACUGGUUGCUCUUGCAGAGGACCCAAGGUCUUUUCCCAGCAUCCCCAUGGUGGCACCCAACCAUUCAUAACUCCACUUCUAGGGCAUCCAACAUCCUCUUGUGAGCACUACAGGCACCAGGAGUGCACAUGGUACACAAAAUACAUACAGGCAAAACACUCAUAUACAUAAAAUAAGUAAAUCUGAAAAAAUUAUUUAGAAAGAAACAAAGAAUGAUAAAGGAAGUAAGUAAGAGACUGGUGGGGAGGGAGAGAGCUGAUAGUAAGCUAUGGAAAAGCCAUCAAGCAGCAUUAUUUCAUGGUCCAGGCUUUAGGUCCUAACUCCAGAUUCCUACUUGAGUUUUUGUCUUGACUUCCCUUGAUGAUGUAACUUGUGAGCUGAAAUAAACCCCUUUUCCCCAAAA